UAUCUCUUCCCAUUCCAUUCCCACACGGCCAAACCCCAGAACCACUACUACAGGCCAGCCAGCGAGCGCAUUGCGCAAUUUCUCGUCGCUUUUGUCCACCAAACGCGCCGUAACUGCCGCCGUCGGCGGGGCCUUCAUCUCUCCAGCGGCUCUGAUCUAUCUUCCCAAACGAGCUCGGCCUUCACGGUUAGGUUCUGCUGCUCUCAGGAUGUGCCUUCUUCACUAAACAGCAGUACUGUCCUAACUCCUAGGACCUUCUAAGUUUUCUCGACAUUUUCUUGCCCCAAAUCCCACCAAGCAAACUCUGAUAUUCGGGCAUUAUGCAACUGUUGUAUCAAAUCGGUGUAGUGGAGUCCUUAGUUUGAUAAUCCUAGUACACCAACCACGGCAAUGGGAUUCCCAAUUCUACUAGUUAUUAUCCUCACACUAUUGUCUCUCAUCUUGCUUGUUGUGGUGGCUGAUAACAAUUCUACUGCCUCUGGCCACGUUGCCCUAAAUUGCGGAGCAUCCGGCCAAAACAAUGAUGAUAAUGGUCGGACUUGGGACGGGGACACCAGCUCCAAGUUCGCGCCAUUAGUUAAAGGAGUUACAGCCCCUGCUUCAUACCAGCACCCUUCACUUCCCUCCACAGUCCCUUUUAUGACUGCCCGCAUCUUCACUUCAAAUUACACCUAUUCCUUCCCUGUCAGUGCAGGCCGCAUGUUUGUCCGCCUCUACUUCUAUCCGAUUGCUUAUGGAAACUAUGCUGUCUCUGAUGCCUUCUUCAGUGUCACAACAAGAAACCUUUCCCUCUUAAAUGACUUCAACGCUUCUCAAACAGCUCAGGCGAUCAAUGUUGCCUACCUUGUCCGUGAAUUCUCGUUGAAUGUUUCUUCAGGCAGCCUAGACCUCACAUUUGCUCCUUCAAAACAUUGGAAUGGUUCUUAUGCAUUUGUGAAUGGCAUAGAGAUUGUGCCCACGCCCGACAUUUUCACGACAGCUGAUACAAGAUUUGUCAACGGUGGUACUCCAGCUCCGUUCCAAAUCAACACUGACAGAGGCUUCCAGACGAUGCACCGGCUCAAUGUCGGUGGCCAAGCCAUUCCCCCCAAAGAUGACUUGAGCUUUUAUCGCUCAUGGGCCAAUGAUUCACCUUACAUAUUUGGUGGUUCUGGAGUAGCUUUCUCCAGAGAUAAUAAUUUGACCAUCAAAUACACAUCCACGGUUCCAAAUUACACUGCGCCAAUUGGCGUUUAUGGUACGGCACGGUCGAUGGGGACAAAUGCACAGGUCAACUUGAACUACAACCUUACAUGGAUUUUACCAGUCGAUGCGGGGUUCUUCUACCUCCUAAGGUUUCAUUUCUGUGAGAUCCAGUAUCCUAUAACCAAAGUGAAUCAGAGGUCCUUCUUCAUCUACAUCAACAACCAGACAGCACAGAGGCAAAUGGAUGUCAUCGCCUGGAGCGGAGGAAUCGGCAGAACAGCAUACACAGACUAUGUUAUCAUCACUACUGGUUCUGGUCAGGUGGACAUGUGGGUUGCACUUUACCCUGAUCUUUCAAGUAAACCAGAGUAUUAUGAUGCAAUACUGAAUGGUCUUGAAGUCUUCAAGCUACAGGACUAUGGAAAGAACAAUCUUGCUGGGCUCAAUCCUCCACUUCCACAGAAGCCUGAUGUGAACCCGAACGGGCCGUCCAGGGAAGGGAAUUCAAGAGGUACUGUCUUGGCUGCCAUAUGUGGAGCUAUUGGGGGUUUUGCAGUGCUGCUUAUAUGUUUUGGCGUGUGCAUCGCCUGCAGACGAAACAAGAAGAUAUCAAAGGAUUCUGAUAAAUCUGAUGAUGGCUGCUGGACUCCUCUUGCUGAUUACAGCAGAUCACGAUCUGGCAACUCGGGGAAUACGGCCACCACCGGGAGCCAUGCAUCACUGCCAUCUAAUCUUUGUCGCCACUUCUCAUUUGCUGAAGUUCAGGCUGCCACCAACAAUUUUGAUCAAGCCUUUCUCCUUGGCAAAGGUGGAUUUGGGAAUGUGUAUCUUGGAGAGAUAGAUAGCGGCACCAAGCUGGCAAUCAAGCGUUGCAACCCAAUGUCUGAGCAGGGUGUUCACGAGUUCCAAACUGAAAUUGAGAUGCUGUCCAAGCUCCGGCACCGGCACCUUGUGUCCCUGAUUGGCUACUGCGAGGAUAAGAAUGAGAUGAUUCUGGUGUAUGACUACAUGGCCCAUGGAACCCUGCGGGAGCAUCUUUACAAGACCAAGAACCCACCACUCUCAUGGAAGCAGCGCCUUGAGAUCUGCAUCGGUGCUGCCCGGGGGCUACACUACCUGCACACGGGCGUAAAGCAAACCAUCAUCCACCGCGACGUCAAGACCACCAACAUCUUAUUGGAUGACAAGUGGGUUGCUAAGGUUUCUGACUUUGGGCUGUCGAAGACAGGUCCGAAUGUGGACAACACCCAUGUGAGCACGGUUGUGAAGGGCAGCUUCGGAUACCUGGAUCCUGAGUACUUCCGUAGGCAGCAGCUCUCUGAGAAAUCUGAUGUCUACUCCUUCGGAGUUGUGCUGUUUGAGGUCCUGUGUGCGCGGCCUGCCUUGAGCCCCUCGCUUCCAAAAGAGCAAGUGAACCUUGCCGAUUGGGCAUUGCACUGCCAGAAGAAAGGCAUACUCGGUCAGAUCAUCGACCCACUCCUCCAAGGGAAAAUUUCUCCCCAAUGCUUUGUGAAAUUUGCAGAGACUGCGGAGAAAUGUGUGGCUGAUCACAGCAUUGACAGGCCUUCUAUGAGUGAUGUCCUGUGGAACCUUGAGUUUGUACUCCAGCUGCAGGAGAGUGCCGAGGACAAUAGCAGCCUCACCGGGGGGAUGUCGUCAUCAGAUGUAUCAUCGCCUCUCGUCCCGACCAGACUGCAGUCAGACGAACCAUCGACUGAGACUACUACCACUACCACGGCGAGCACAAUGAGCAUCACACAACGGAGCAUCGCGAGUGCGGAGUCGGCUGGGCUGACCCCAAGCACCAUUUUCUCACAGCUCAUGAAUCCAGAUGGCAGGUGAAAGAAACUGAACUGCAAGCUAGCGUUGCAGCUCCUCUGUAGUAGAUCUAUGGUGUAUCUUUUUUUGAAGGAAAUCUAUGGUGUAUCUAAUUAGAGUGCUUGCUUAUACUAGUACAUAUGUAAAUGGACACGUUAUGAUAAUUUUGGCUACUGAGUCAUCUAUACCAGACAUCAAUAUCGCUGUAACUGUAUAGGUUUCUGCCUUGUACUGAAGUGGGGAGUUAUGAUUCUUAUUACCUCCUGGUCCGUCAAUCUGAAAUCGUGUGAGAAUCCAUGCAAGU